UUGUUGGCAUUUGACGCGAAGACAGCGUUCGCAGCGCAGCGCGAUGUUCAACGCUAAGGAAUUUUGUUUUUUUUUUUUUGUGUGCUGUUGUUUUUGAAAUAACACGUUAAGACCUAACUAAAUGAUAAUUGUAUAGAAUCGAGAACGAUCAAGUGCAACAAGAAUACUACAUGCAGUACACAGUAAAGGUGCAAGCAUAACAAAAAAAGAAAAACGACGCUUACACAUAUUUAAAGCGAAGAUAACCACGAAACGAAGUUGCGAACGACAAAAUAAAAAAAAACGUAAAAAAUGAUCGAACGGAAUAUGUGUGCCAGCAGUUGGUAAAAGAGAGACAAAUUAACAUUAAAUAAAAGCGAAAAACGCGAAUCAAGCGUACGUAAAAAUUGCAAUUGCAGUUUGCUAUUUUCGGGGUGCAGCUUGUGUUUUUGUAUUAUUGUUGUUGUCUAACGUGUUUUUUUUUGCGUUUACGACGUUUCCGAUGAUCUUGGCCUGUUGGUUGCCUGUUUUUGUUUUGUAUUUCGCUGCGGCGACUGCUUGAUGUUAUUGUAACUCGUUUUGUAUGACGACGAUAGCGCGUGUGAUUCAUACAGUAACAACAACACCAACAAUAACAGUUAACAGCAGUGAGUGCAGUGUGAAAUAUGCUAAAUAAAUAACACACAAAGCAAAGGCAAAAAAACGAGUGCGCGAUUGACGAGUGCAUCCUGCAUUGAGAGCAUCGAUAAGAAACCCACAAAAAAAAAAUAAAAAGAAUAAAAAUUAAAAAAUAUACAAAUACAAAACAGCGGUGCUCUUCAACACACACACAUACAGACGCACGCGCGCACGCACACGCGAUAGUUCUGACCGUUCGUUGGUGGUAGGUGAAAAAAGAAAAAAAUACAGACACACACACACGUUUUUUUCUCUCUUCGUUGUUUGUGUUGUGUACAGCUGCUGUCAAGUGCGCAGCCGCAGCCAGCAGUAGAAACAGGCGCAGCAGCGACGCCAAAGUCCUUUAAACGUGUGUAGUGCAUGCCAUCUCGUUCGCACUCCUGCUGCACAGCACUAAGCUAGACGAAUAGCCACACACAUACCCUCUCAGACAUACACACAUACAGAGAGAGAGACGUGCAUACAAAACGAAUGAAUGCAGCUGCCUGGAAUACGUUGAGGAUGAGCAGAAAGCAAGAAGAUGAUGCCAAAGCCAAAAGCCAACAACAGACAAAAGCAACAAGAACAACAACAAGAACAACGACAACGUGAAUUACACGAAUAUCAACGACAUUAAAGAACAGCAGUAACAACAACAAAAACAACGAAAUAACAAAGAAGUCGAAAGUCAAGUGCAUUAUUAAUAUAAUUAAUUUAAAAUUACAAAUUCAAUUCGAAUAGAAAGUGUAUUUUGGAAGCGAAAACGAAACCAAGUAUGAAGGUUACCGUCUGCUUUGGUGAUGUUCGCAUUUUGGUGCCCUGCGGCUCCGGUGAACUGCUCGUCAGGGAUUUGAUCAGCGAGGCCACGCGACGCUACAAAAAGGCAGCCGGCAAGGUAAGCAUAACAAUUUUUCGACAUUCGACAUUCGACAUUUCAUGCGCCCUCAAUCGGUUAUCAGCAUUUAAGUGGUAAGAAGAAAAUGGGGGGAAAAUUGGGAAAUGCAAUCGGGUUGUGUGCUAGAUAAGCGGAAAAUCGAUUCGAAUAGCAAAGGUAAAGACUGAAGAAUAAAUAAGCUAGUUGAAAUGUUAUAUUCUUUAAGUCGGUGACGGUGGUCAAAAGAGGCGUGUGUUGCCAAUUUGACAAAUGAAAUGCAAAGCCAAAGCCGACACAUGCCACAAGUGCACUGAGUCGUAAGGACAACAACGCGAAGAAGAGUGGCAGACGGUCAAGAAGAAGAAGAUCAGGUUGGAGGCAAAAGCUGGUUGCAAGCAAGCUUCAUAAGCAUCGCAUCUAGUUAGCUGGAUCUGUUUCUUACCUGUUGUUGUUGUUGGCAUCGUUGUCGUUGCACAAUUUGUUUGUUUUAUUUGUGUAUAUUUUCGUAUUUUGUUUGUUGCCGCCGUCAUAUCUUAUCGAUUUUCGGUGGAAAAUGCUGCCAUUAAAUCGAUGCAUGUUGCAAGUAACAACAAAUAUUUGGGUAAAUAGGCCAAAUAACCAGCGACAACAACAACGAUAAAUAGCAACAGCGGUAGGCAACAAUAUAACUAACGACAAUCAAAUAAAUAAUUUAUUACGCUUUUUCGGCUUUCAAAGCUUUUCCACAAAAGCUCAGAGCAAAGCAGUGCAGUAUUUUCGCUGAAAAUUCAAGCACGGACCACAACUAUCAACACUGCUUGCGCUUUAGCCGAGACGCAAACCCGCU